CGCAGAUCGUUGCAGGAAAAGACAAACGAAGAAGCCGCAACAUUAGCACAAACAGCUACUGAGGCUGUUGACGUUAAGAGCUCCUUGGUCGUCGGCUGACAACUCACCGGGACAAAUCCACCAGAGAAACAUUUGCUUCUGCGAACACAACCCUCUUCGUUUCAGGUAUCCCAGCCUGAAGGUCCCACUUACCCCUGUACAAUAACAGUGUAUCACCACUGGUUGCCCUGUGACUCAGGGAAAAUAAUGUGCUGCAGCUGAAGAUGGGGGGUAGUGGCUCCAAAUCCAAAGGAUUUUGGCCUUUCUCUGGCUCAGGCAGUGGGGACGAUGCAGCCAAAGAUGGAAAUGAGCACUCACUGGCAAGAGUACGAAGUUUCCCUGGAGCGACUCCCUUCGUGUUUACCAGACGAAGCUCUUUGUUCUUCGACGAGGAUGGUGACUUGGCCCACGAGUUCUACGAGGAGACAAUUGUGACAAAAAAUGGACGUAAACGAGCCAAGCUGAAAAGGAUUCAGAAAAACUUAACACCUCAGGGAAUUAUAAACCUGGACCACCCAUGCAUCCAUGUAGAUUUCCCCGUUAUCCUCUGCGAAGCCUGACGGUCUCUGAGGGACUCAGACGAGCCACUGUGUCAGCUCCGUCCUGGUUUUCUUCUUGUUUUUUUUUUUUAUUUCCUCCCCCUGCAGAUGGAAGCCAGAAACAACUUUCAAUGAUGUGAUCUCCUAAAUUAUCUGAACCCCCUGCGUGGAAAGGCUGAUGCCUUAUGUGCUGAGCCUCUGCAUGUGACCUGUCUUUGGCUUGUGUGCAGUGAGAACACGGGAUGGACCGCCAGUUGGGGUGGAGAGGAAAAGCUGAAUCCUUUGAUUUUUUUUUUUUUUUUUUUUUUUUUUGAUUUUUUUUAUUGAGAUCCUGAUGUGUGUGCAUGUCAGCGUGAAUGCCUGCAGACAAGGGAUGAAACCUGUAAGGGUCCCAAAUGUUGUUUUCUCUUCUGCUGCAGAUUGUUUUCUUGUACGAUCAGUGAACUCAGUGAGUUUAGAAUAAAAGCAGUACUUGUUAUGAUUUUAUCUAAA